CUAAAACAUCCGAGAAGAAGGAGUUGUUCCUGCCUGGCGGCGCUGAAGACAACUGAUGGCUCCACUGUAACAAAGAGGAACAUAAGCGAAUAUUACACCGCACCUGCUGUUUCUUGAGAGAGAUGCUGACCUCGUCCUGCCAUUGAUCGAAGCCCGCCGUCCCCUGACCAGCUGAUCAAACGUGUCAUCAUGGCCGCCAAGCAGCAGAAACCUGCAGGAGCUACAGACGGCUCAGUAGAGGCCAAAAGGACGGACAUCAGGACUAAUGAGAAGAAGUGCUCUUGGGCCUCCUACAUGACCAAUUCUCCAACUGUGAUAGUGAUGAUUGGGUUGCCUGCUAGAGGGAAAACCUACAUGUCCAAGAAGCUGACACGCUACCUCAACUGGAUUGGAGUGCCAACUAAGGUAUUCAACCUUGGAGUUUAUAGGAGAGAAGCGGUGCAGUCAUACAAGUCCUAUGACUUCUUCAGGCAUGACAAUAAAGAAGCAAUGCAAAUUAGAAAACAGUGCGCUCUGGUGGCACUGGAAGAUGUCAAGGCCUAUCUGAAUGAGGAAGGAGGCCAGAUCGCUGUUUUUGAUGCCACCAACACCACCAGAGAGAGGAGGGAACUUAUUCUUAAUUUUGCGAAGAAUAAUUCAUACAAGGUGUUUUUUGUCGAAUCAAUAUGUGACGAUCCAGACGUCAUCGCUACAAAUAUCCUGGACGUGAAGGUGUCCAGCCCAGAUUAUCCUGAGAGGGACAAAGAAAGCGCCAUGGAAGACUUUCUGAAGAGGAUCGAGUGUUAUAAAGUGACAUACCAACCUUUAGAUCCGGACGAUCACGACAAGAACCUGUCCUUCAUCCAGGUCAUCAACGUGGGCCGUCGUUUCUUGGUAAACAGGGUGCAGGACUACAUUCAAAGUAAAAUAGUGUACUACCUCAUGAACAUCCACGUACACUCCCACUCCAUCUACCUCUGUCGGCACGGAGAGAGCCAUCACAAUGUGGAGGGACGCAUCGGGGGAGACUCUGAACUGUCGGAGAGAGGGAAGCAGUUUUCAACAGCACUGAAGGGUUUCGUGGAAGAGCACCAUCUGUCAGACCUGAAGGUUUGGACGAGCCAGCUGAGACGCACCAUUCAGACGGCAGAGGAGCUGGGAGUUCCCUACGAGCAGUGGAAGAUCCUCAAUGAAAUCGAUGCUGGAGUGUGUGAAGAAAUGUCCUAUGAAUUGAUUCAGAAAACAUACCCAGAGGAGUUUGCCAUGAGGGACCAGGACAAGUAUCACUACCGCUACCCAGGAGGAGAGUCCUACCAGGACCUGGUUCAGCGCCUGGAGCCGGUCAUCAUGGAGCUGGAGCGUCAGGGCAACGUGCUCGUCGUCUGUCAUCAGGCCGUCAUGCGCUGCUUGCUCGCCUAUUUCCUGGACAAGAGCGCAGAUGAUCUCCCCUACUUGAAGUGUCCUCUGCACACUGUCCUAAAACUCACCCCUGUGGCUUAUGGCUGCAAGGUGGACAUGUUUGAUCUGGAGGUGGAGGCUGUCAACACUCACCGCGACAGACCAUUAAAUAAAGUCAAAACAGAUGUUGUGCCGCCAGCUUUCCACCGAAGAAACAGCUUCACUCCGUUGUCCAGCCAGGACCAGAUCAAACGACCUCGUCUUUACAGCAUGGGCAACCCCCCACAGGCCCGCAUGUCCCAGGCCCCAACCUUACCCAGCAUGCCGUUCUCUGAGGCGUCUGAAGGGCCAGAGUUGCAACAAAAUGAGGUCAGGACAGACUGUGUGAACGGCUUCAGUGCGGCAGACACAGACGGCUGUGUCCGGAGUUAAAGAAGCACAGAAAGAGGCUUUUCUCUACAUGGAUGUAUCACCAGAGGACCAGCAGUAAAUACCCACCAGCUUCAGCUUUUAUUUUCUUAAGCAUGCACCAUAUCUGUGUAAGCCGACAUGUAUUUGUUAUCUCUUGGAUUUUGUCUGAUGAGUCUGCACAUACAUAAACAUGCCUUUGCACUAGUGCCUUCACACUAGGCUGCGAUCUAGCUCAAAUAUAGUAUAAUGCAGAGAUUUGUAGUAAGUAGAGACUCUGAAACCCCGUCCAUUAGUUUCUUUACACUCCACAUACUGUAGUCUAUAGUCUUUUUAAGCUGUAUUAGAUGUAGAACUUGUUGAUUGUGAAUUGUAUACCUCAAUGGAAGCUACUACCGUUUUAGUUUUAUUCAAAGAGAGCGCCUCUCUUGAAGAAAGCCAUGUACAACCUUGCUCCCAUUCUUUCUUUAAGCUACCUAUUUAAACAUUCCCAGGUAAUGUGCAUUCUUCCUUCCCCGGGUGGUUCUGACCAGAUGUAGUAAACCAUUUAUUUUUAAGUGAAAUUUAAAGCCUAUUAUGCUCGCAGUGGGCAGACACAUGCUGUAAUGAUUGUUACGUCAAUCCCUAUAAAGAGUGCAGCAGCUGCUGUGCUUUUUUCUGUGACAAUUAGUCUGCUCUUCUCUUCAAUGAGGCCUCCCUGUAUAUUUUGCCUUCUUCUUUGAUAUAUUCAACGGUUCACUGUGAUAAUAUGAAACUGAUCACAUUUGACUCCAUAAUAUUUCAAACACAAAGUGCUCAUGAGUUUCUUCAUAACUAAAAGCAAAUCUGUCAUGCAGUCUUGAUAUUGAAUGUCAAAGCAGCUACAAGGAACUUUUGUUUGGGUUGAUUUUGGCGCCACCUGUGGACACAAGUGGUAUUAUUUCCAUGAGCAGCACCACCUCUUGUCUUAAAGAUCUUGAUCUGGCUUGCAUAUGCAUUGGUUUUGGGAGCAUAUGAAAGAAAGAUACGAUUUCUUUUUAAUACUAUUUUUAUUCAUUUGUUUUUAAGAACUGUGUGUUUUCAUUUUUCAGGGCAUGGAAAAAGAGUUCACAUAAUUGAAAAAUGCAAAUUGCAAAACAUGUAGAUGUGAAAGACCCCCUUCUGAAUGCUAGAGGGAAAAAAAGGAGAAGAAAAAGAUAAAACGGCUCAGAAAAACACGAAACCAGACGGGGAUAACUCAUUUUAAUUCAAAAGAAAUAUUAUAAUAUAUCAUUUUGAAUUUAGUUUAUAACCGUAAACACACAUCUGUUCAGAUACUGUGGUUACAACCAGGUUAACAAUAGCUUCAAUGAAAGGGAAAGUCUUUAAUAAAGUUGAUGAAAGGGCUGCAGGUUUAAGCACAGUUCUUGCAGGCUUCACAAACUCUUAUAUGGCAUAUUUUUUAGACGAAGAGGACAAACCACCUCCCUUAACUACUAUAGCCUUAGCCUGCAGAGUUGUGAGCUCUCAUUUUUGGGAUGGAAUGCCAAAAAUAGCUUUGCAAAGAUCAGCGGUUUGGUUUUAUUACUGAUAUGUGAAAAUAUCUCAAAUAUUUGGCCUACGUAGUGGUUGGGAGAGUGAAAUGCCCAGAACAUCUCGAUGAAGAGGCUCGAAGGUUUAUUCCCAGAGAAAUGGAGACAUUGAAGGACAUUGAAUUGAAUUAAGUCGUGUCUGAUUCACAGUGAGGAGCUGUGUGUACAAAUUAAACUGGCAUGCCAAGCAUCUUUAGAGAGCUCCUCUCCUAAAUCUCUCUCACAUGCAUUUUUUGUUUUAUCCCAGAAUGUCUGUUUGAAUUCCUGUAUCAGUGUGUGGAUUAAAGAGGUACGCUUCCUCUCGAAGGGAUCUAGCCCCACAAUAGAGACUAAUGGGUUAAAAACAACAGCUGUUUGUAGGAUGCAUACACUGCAAAAAAGCCAACUUGUAUUUUUUGGCCUAAAACAGUGAUUUAAUUUGGUAAAACUUGGAAAUAUAAAUUACUGAAAUUUAGGGCAAUAAUGUAAGUUAGCACAACAAAGGAAGCCAGUUGUCUGCUCAGAAACAAGUUGGUGAGUUGUUGUUACUUAUAUCUUUAAGUUGGGGUUCACAACAAGGGACAAUAGUUCUGCUAACUCUUAUUUCUUUGUUGCUAGCGGCUAACUGAUGCUAGCGGCACUGCUUGUUACAGCUACAAGAGUAGCCAUUAGCGUAUCAAUGCUAACUCAAAAUUGUGGUCACAACAUUAGCUGACAUUCAUAGCGGCUUUACAAUCGUGCCAGAGAAAUUCAGAGUUGAGCAAACUCAAAAACAAAACUUCAAAUAUUAAGUUUAAUUGUCCAACUUCAAAUUUUAUAGAAGUUUGUUGCCUUGAAAUUUUGAGUUCAGCCAACUUUUCUUUUUUUGCAGUGUAGGAAUGAGGUAAUGUUUCUUCUACGGCUCAUACACCAAGAUUACAUCUUAGCCUAAGUAAUUUAGAAAUAGAAAACUAAUAAUUUCAUGUCUUCUUAAUAGAAAUUCACAGCAAGAUAAGUUUGGUUGCAAGUCCAACAUUGCAUCAUUGCAUUACAGAGAUAUUUGUCAUGAAAGGAAGAGCUUCACGAUCAGUUUUGACCUUUCAAACCUGCACUUCUGUCCAUCUGUUGAAUGAUGGACCAAAAUUGAUUUGUGUUUUCACCUGUACUCUGUCGCCAUCCCUUUUUUCGUUUUAUUUUCCAUUUCUUUUUGAUGAUCCUUCCCCAGUAUAUCAGCCAUAACCAGUAAAUAUAAUGUCAAAAAAUAAAAUUCUUCAAAGCUCCCUUUUUACAAGCUAUUUAACUUUGCCUGGGGGAUUAUAAGCAGGCUCUUAGGUCUUUUCAUCUGAUUUUGCGUGAAAUAGAAACGCCAUUAAUCUUGCUGAUGGUGUCCCUUGCAUUAGUAUUUAACUGACACUAUAACCAGUUACAAACUCCUUGUAGUUGCUUUAAUAACAAGCUCCACAGUAGCCUUAUGUAUAACAUCUAUCUACUCACGUGACUUUGAUUUUAUUAUCAUCAAUAUUUGGGAAUAGUGCCUUUAUUUAAAGGACUACAAGGCUGUGACCAUAGUAACCACACUUCUUUCUAAUGUGUAAUAUGAAAUGUUAAAGUAUGUUUCACCUGAACUGAAGGAUUGACAAUGUAUUUGGAUAUCCUAAAAAGAGCUUUAAUGUUAUUGCACUGUGCCGUACAUGAUUAAUUUAAUAAAGUUUAUUUUAAUGCA